AUGGCGUCAAUCGGCAAAAUCGGCGAAUUUAAAGUCGACGGUGGUAAUUGGACUUUGUACGUGGAGCGGUUAGAGAUGUAUUUAGAGGUCAACAAGGUCGACAAAACCAUGUGGAGGCCAACGUUAAUUGCGGUCAUGGGGGACGAAACCUAUGAGCUCCUGAGUAAUCUAACCAGCCCAGAAAAACCGGCUCAGAAAACAUAUGAAGAAAUAGUGAAAUUAUUGCGUGAACAUUUACAACCGAAACCAUCUGUCAUGGCGGAAAGAUAUCGCUUUAGACAAAGGAGGCAAAAAGAUGAAGAAUCCGUUGCGCAGUACGUAUCAGAACUGAAGAAGUUAUCAAGAUUUUGCGAUUUUUCGGCCAGCCUAGAGGACAAUUUACGAGAUCAGUUCGUAUGUGGAUUACGCAGUGACAUUAUUCGACAACGCCUGUUCGCGGAGGACGAUUUAAAAUACCAAGGAGCGGUAAAAUUGGCAUCGGCAUUAGAAGCGGCGGAGAGAGACGCAGCCGUGGUGGAAUUUGGGAAUAAGGCGGCAGGGAUGUCAACGGCGGCCGAGGUGCACGCGAUGAGGUCAUUCUCGCGUGGGCGCGGCGGGAAAGCGGGGUGGCGCGCACCGCCACCGGCAGCGCCGGCGCACGGGGGCCCGUCGGACACGUGGCGCGGAGCGGGGUGGCGCGCGCAACCACCGGGGCCGGCGGCACGCGGAGGCCCGUCGGAUGCGGCGUGCGGCGCAUGCGGCGGACAAGACCAUCGCCACGAAAAUUGCCGUUACAAGGAAUUCAUCUGCAGUAGAUGUCGGCGUCGCGGGCAUUUGCGGCGGGUGUGCCCGGAGCGGGGUAGCCAGGGCGACUUCAAGCGAGGGAUGCAUCACGUAACGGAAUUCACCGAGGACUCUGCCGGUGAGGACGCCGCGGAUGAGCGGCUGACGCAAGCAGAAGAGGAAUUAUUCCAGCUGAACUUGAACGGAUAUAAACCGGUGAGCCUGUCUUUACUUAUUGAUGGACACAAUAUAGUGAUGGAAGUCGAUACGGGAUCAGCCAUAUCGUGUAUAAGUGAAAUUACAUACCAUAAAUAUUUCAAGAUUAAUCCUAUAGAACCAUGUAAAACCAUACUCAAGUUCUACGAUGGCAGUAAGAUUAAACCGUUAGGUACUAUCAAACCGCAAGUUAAAUAUAAUAAUGUUUGUAAAAGAUUAGAAUUAUUUGUAAUAAAAGGAGGGACGACGUCCCUAUUAGGGCGAUAUUGGCUUAGCGAAUUAAAUAUCUCCAUUCCACCGUUUCAUAAAUAUCAGGUUUCGAAUAACAAUUGUAUUAAAGACAGUAAUAAUAAUAGUUUGUCAUCGUUACUCGAUAGGUAUAAGGAGUUAUUCGAGGAGGGACUGGGUCGGUUCACCGGGUGCAAGGCGACGCUGCGCGUGCGCUCGGGCGCGGCGCCGGUGUUCUGCCGGCCGCGCGCGCUGCCCUACGCGCUGCGGGCGCGCGUGGACGCCGAGCUGGACCAGAUGCUGGCGGCGGGCGUCAUCGAGCCCGUGGACCACUCGGACUGGGCGACGCCUUUAGUACCGGUGAGGAAGGCGGAUGGUGGACUCCGAAUUUGUGCUGAUUACAAAAUAACAUUAAAUCCAGUUUUGUUGGUUGAUAGGUUCCCCUUACCGCGUAUCGAGGACCUCCUGGUUGGUCUCAAAGGGGCGAAAAUGUUUUCCAAAAUUGACCUCUCCCAAGCCUACAAUCAGGUUGAGUUAGAUAGCUCGAAUGAACUCACUGUAAUCAACACACACAGGGGGCUAUUCAAAUACAAUAGGCUAGUCUAUGGCUUAUCUUCAAGCCCGGGAAUUUUUCAGCGCAUUAUGUAUAACCUUCUAGGAGAUAUUCCGAACGUAGAAAUAUUUUUAGAUGACGUAAUAAUUGCGACAGGGGGAGGGGACAGGGAACAUUUGGCUACUCUGAGUAAAGUACUUCAAAGGUUACAUAGUCAUGGAAUGAGGUUAAAAAGAAGUAAAUGCUCAUUCAUGGUAGAUGAGGUUAAAUACUUGGGAUACUUAAUUUCAAAAGAGGGAAUAAAAGUAGAUCCUGAAAAAGUAGAAGCUAUUAAAAAAAUCCCUCGUCCCCGAGAUGUUUCAGAAUUACGAUCCUUUUUAGGUUUAGUUAAUUUUUAUGCGAAGUUCGUUAAAAAUCUUAGCUUUAUUCUAGCACCUCUGUACACACUACUAAAAAAAAAUGUGCCAUGGAGAUGGAACAAAGAACAAGAAAUAUCAUUUUUACAUAUUAAGUCAAUUUUAAGCAGUGCUGAAGUUUUAACUCAUUAUGACCCGGAACAGCCUUUAUAUUUAACAUGCGAUGCAAGCGCCCGCGGCAUAGGCGGCGUGCUGACGCAGCGGUCUGCGAGCACAGCUGAUGGCGGGGCGGGGGGCGCGGGCGCGGGGCGGGAGCGGCCCGUUAUCUAUGUGUCCCGCGCGCUCACUGACGCAGAGAAAAAUUAUUCGCAAAUAGAUCGCGAGGCGCUUGCGAUUGUGUUUUGUUUAGGAAAGUUGCAUCAGUAUUUAUACGGUAGACGAUUUGUUUUACGAACCGAUCACAAACCCUUGGUCAGUAUAUUCGGCCCUAAAAAUGGCAUACCGCAAAUGGCGGCAAGCCGGUUACAGCGUUGGGCGAUUAAAUUAGCGGCUUAUACAUACGACAUAGAAUUUGUUAGCUCUAAAGACAAUGGAGCAGAUGGCCUGUCUCGGCUCCCCGUUUCAUUAAAAUUACCCAAUACGAGCGAUUGCUUGGAAUUACCUGAACAAACUUAUUUACAUUUUGCGCAAAAUGAGAUGUUACUAGAUUAUAAUGAGUUGAAAAAACAAACGCAGCGCGAUGCUAUGUUAGGUCGGGUACUCAGUUACAUAAGAGACGGCUGGCCUAGUAAUUCCGAGAUUAAAAACUUACAACCAUAUUUUAAUCGCAGAAAUGAGAUUUAUGAGGAAUUAGGUUGUAUAAUGUGGGGUCACAGGGUAGUCAUACCUGAAAAUUGUAGGAGUAAAGUAUUAUUACAAUUACACGAAUCCCACAUGGGAAUAGUAAAAACAAAAGCGACAGCUCGAAGUUACGUCUGGUGGCCGGGGAUCGACGAGGCGGUGGAGGCGCUGUGCCGUGCGUGCCCGGCGUGCGCGGCGGAGGCGGACGCGCCGCCGCGCCACGCGCCCAGCCCCUGGCCCUGGCCCGCCGCUCCGUGGUCGCGGUUGCACGUAGACUUUUUGGGACCUAUUUUUAAUAAAACCUACCUAGUAAUUAUAGAUGCUAAAACCAAAUGGCUAGAAGUGUUCCAGGUACCGAGCACUGCGGCUACGAGUACUAUUCAUAAACUUUCGGAGUUAUUCGCGCGAUGGGGACUUCCCAAGCAGUUAGUUUCGGACAAUGGGCCCCCUUUUACAAGCAAAGAAUUUUCAGAAUUUUUGCGAGGUUGUGGUAUCGCUCAUUUUUUUACUGCCCCCUAUCACCCGGCUUCGAACGGUGCGGCCGAGAAUGCGGUUCGCACGAUUAAAAAAGUUAUUAAGAAGGCGAUAAGACUAAAUCUCGACGUUCACUUAUUUUUGAAUACUUUCUUAUUACACUACCGUAACACGGAACACUGCACCACAGGAGAAAGUCCUGCGGCGCUCAUGUUAGGUAGGCGACUCCGGACCAAAUUAGAUAUCCUAAGACCUAACGUCGAGAACAGAGUCAGUAUAGUGCAGGCGCGUCAGGCAGAGAGUAGGGGACAGCCAGGAGAUAAUCGAGAAUUGCACGCGGGGGAGGAAGUAUGGUAUAGGAACUAUCAAGGAACGACGCGAUGGUUACCAGGGGAGGUAUCGCAGAAAAUAGGAGGUACCGACUAUAAGGUACUAGAUGGGUUAGGGAGAGAGAACCAUAGACAUAUUGAUCAGCUCAAACGUAGGUCAAGGAGUUCACUCAUUUGUCCUAACUCACCCCUGUCAGAUAAACAGGAUGAGAACAGGCUAUCUAUCCCCAGUACCACUAUGAAUGAAGCCGGUCCAGAGGAGACGCGCCCGCCAAGCCAAGAACCAGCGGGAACCACCAGCACCACCCAACCGCCCAGCAACGAGCGCGAGCCGAGCGCCGGCGGCGCCGCGUCCGCGCCCAGCCCGCCUGCGCCCGAGCCGCCCCAGUCCCGACCGAUACGACAGUGUAGGCUCAACCCUCCAAAAUAUAAAUUGUAG